AUGCCCUGCGAGUCCGACUUCGCGGAACGCAGCCCAAAGCAACUUUGCGCUGAUGCAGAGCAGGAGCGCUCAUCAGUCGGUCCAUCAAAUCGUGCCUCAACUUCUACUACGGUUGAUAACCUGCCCCCUCGUCGCGCUAGGCAGCGUGACAUCCGCGACAUGGUGGAUACGGCUGCUCGCUCACGUUUGGACUACCUCUGGGCAGCGGCAGUUGCGGAGAACGACUGGGCGUUCCAGUGUUCGAAGUCGACAGCGGUGCAGGCAUUCGUCGAUGCGGCGCUCGCCUUCGCGAAGCCAUACACGCUCCCUUCCCCUUACAAGGUUGGAGGUCCGCUGCCACUGAAGUUGCGGGCGAAUACCGAGGAGCUUGAGAAGCCGAUGAGGGAUAGCUGGGGCAAGCGCGGCUGCAGCCUGACGUGCGACGGAUGGACUUGCUUGAAGGGCCGAGGGCUUGUCUGCAUUAUUGCCCUCAACGACAUGGCACCGGUGAUUGUUGAAACGGUGGACUCGAAAACGACAAAGAAGACCGGCGGGUAUCUUGCAAAGCUCCUCCGCAAUUCCAUUAGCAAGGUGGGGGACAAGGCCGUCGUCCUGGUUGUCAUGGACAACGCGGUUAAUAACCGGAGGGCGGCGGACAUUUUGCGCCCCGAAUACCCAUCCAUCUUCUUCAACAACUGUGCCGUGCAUGUUCUUGAUCUCAUACUUCACGACUUCGGGAAGAUUCGUGAGGUGAAGCGGGUUCUAAGUCAGGUGCACCGCGUGGUCAUGAUGGUGAAGGCAAGCGCCUCUGCCGUCACUCUCUUCCAUGAGGUCUUUAGUGAGCUUGCCUUGGUGCGGCCUGGUGCAACUCGGUUUGGCACAAACGCCAUCAUGCUUGCCCGAUUCUUUGAAGUAAAGAAGGCGCUGCGGCAGAUGGUCAUAAGUGAGGAGUGGGAGGAGAUUGCAGUGGCGAAGCAAGAUGAGGGGAAGGCGGUCAGAUCCCUCCUCUUGGAUGAGGCGUUUUGGGAUUGCGCAACAGCGGUGCUCCGCAUCAUGCAGCCCAUGUAUGACGUCCUUCGGGUCGUCGACACACAGGCUCUAGUCAUGGGGCAAGUGUAUGGCCUCAUUCCAGAGGCCACGGUGAAGACCAACAAGGCGGCCGAGGCUGGAGCCGCCAUGCUUGUCAAGCGCACAUCCCUGCUGAUGGCAAAGGACAAGCCAUCAUUCCAGGUGGAAAUCAAGGCUAUCCUAGCUAAGAGGUGGGACGGUCAACUGCAUAACCCACUGCACGCUCUCGGGUGGCUCAUCAACCCCCGCAAUCAGUACAUGGGGGAAGUGCGGAACGACAAGGAGGUGAGGAGUGGGGCGGAGGCGUUCAUAGCAGCACGGGAGAAGGAUGUUGCCCAGCGCACCCUGCUCCAGACGCAGUUGGCCCAGUUCCACAAGGGCGAGGGGCGGUUGGGGUCCCAUGACGCACGGUUGGCUGCAACGGUUUUUGUAGCGGGGGGGCGCUUGACGGAUGCGGAAUGGUGGUGGAUGUACGGGGGGGGAGGCGGAGGCGCUGCAGGGGCUUGCAGUGAUGGUGCUGUCACAGCCGGUAACGUCAUCCGAGGUGGAGCGUUACUGGUCCGCGAUUGCGCAUGUGCAAAGGCGUGA